AAGCCAAUGGAAACCAUGGAUUAUCUCUCCGUGUCAUCAGAUAUUCUCUCAUCUUGUGGGUAUUUCGCAACUGUUGACUAUGAUACCAAUGAUGAUGCUUAUGUGUCUUGCCCUGGAACCGGAUUAACAGAUUUCUCCACCGUUGACUUUGAAGACGUUAAAUACGAAAAGUUUGAAAGUGGUGCCGUUUACGAAGGUGGAACACUUUCUUUGUUUCCCAAGACGUCGAGAAGCAAGUCUUACAAGAAAAUGAUAAAAGAUGCUUUCAUGUCAAGAAAAAGGAUAACGAAGGAGUACAAGCAGCUGGCGAUUCGGUAUGCAGAUAUUGACAAAGAUCUAUGCCAAACGACACAGAGCAACAAACCACCGGCCCAAGAUCUACCGGACUUUGAAUGGGAGCUCUUGUAGAUAAUAAUUUUG